GGUGACGUCAUCUCUUUUUAUUCCCAGCACGCACCGCGGCACGCCAUCAUCUCGAAGUUCAGACAGAGCAAGAUGGCGGAUAAAGCAGUGUCCCUGGCUGAGAAGAGGCUUUUGGAUGUCAAGCUUGGGCAACUGCCGUCAUGGCUCGGUACAAGAGACUUCACCCCGAAUGGACUUCUUGGUGGAGUUCGCAGAGGAUAUGAGAGAUAUUACAACAAGUACAUCAAUGUGAAGAAAGGUGGUAUUGGUGGUGUGGCCAUGUUUCUUGUUGGUUAUGUUGCCCUGAGCUACCUUUGGGAAUAUGAUCACAUCAAGCACGACAGGUGGAGAAAAUACCACUGAAACAACACAGGCCACUCUCUUCUGCGGCAGUGUGAUCACCACACCUCUCAGCUUUCUCUGUUUGUGAUUAUUGUGACCAAUAAAACAAUUACAUUUAUUUAA